ACGAACAGCGACAACGGCACUCGGGGGCUUGCCCUCCACCGCUUAGUCACGGUCGUCUGAAGAAUCGCGUUUCUCGUUACACGCGCUAUGCGUAGGGGCAGUCACGGUGGGGGUAGACUUGGGGGUGAUGUUCGGAGGGUCAGCGCUAUGUGUAGGGGUGGCCGCGGUGGUGGUAGGCUCGGGGGUGAUGUUGGGACGGUCAGCAGCGGAGCUGUUUGGGGCAAGAUGGAUCCCCUCGACGUCGGGAUGGGCCGCGAUGCUGUAGACUUCUUCCUGGGUCAAGUCUUUGCAGUUAAAAAAUGCCACAAGCGCCGAGGGGGAGCAUUUGGCAAAGUCGAUCAGGACAUUGGCGUUGUGCAACGUGCUCAAGAUGCGAACGACGACAAACACAGUAACCGUGGACGAUUGUUGUAGCGAUUGAAGCACGUUUUGAUCUAACUUAGCGUGGUUGGCCGCGGCCAUGGCCACGAUAGACAAGACGGCUGCGGUUUUGAUCGUGG